UUUAUCAAAGUAGUAACAUCAUUUGCUGGCGGUAGCAGAUGAGUACAAUAACUCAUCGUCUUUGAAGUGUCAUUCAACAGGAAAUUUGAAUUUCAGAUUUUCAACGGCAAACAGAACUCCAAGGUAAAGAAAGUAGAUGAUGAUCAUGUUUGGGAUGCUCUGGAUAGGCGUAUGUCAAUCAGCUUYCCACAGCCAUUGAAGAGUGGACCAAUAUUCCACAGGCCACAAUCAACAACCUGAUCAACUUUAUAGGAUGUGUUGGACUGCAUGAGACAAAUGGUGGUCACACCAGAUACCGACUAGUUUUCAGACCCCCCUGUGCCCCAAUUAAGCAAAACGGCACAUUUCAGAGUGGCCUGUUAUUGUGGCCAGCCUAAGGCACACCUGUGCAAUAAUCAUGCUGUCUAAUAAGCAUCUUGAUUUGCCACACCUGCUAUGUGGGCUGAAUGAUAUAUGCAAAGGAGAAGUGCCCCUUAACACAGAUGUACACAAAUUUCUGAUCAGUAUUUGAAGGAAGAAGGUCUAUUAUGUACAUUGAAAAAGUUUUAGAUCUUUGAGUUUAGCUCAUAAAAAAUGGUAGCAAAAACAGUGUUGCAUUUAUAUUUUUGUUCAGUGUAGUUUAAGAAUAAACCUUUGAAGCUCUCACGGGUCACAUAAUACRAUGUGGCAGGCCACAUUUGGCCCACAAGCCUUAAUUUUGAUGCAUGCAUCAAAAUGAAUACAGUUGAAAAAGGUUAAGCAGGUUUUCACAUMUGUCUCAGAUGUUAGUUUAACUUUAAAAAGAAGGAGAAACCCACCCACUGCUCUUGCGCAACAUUAGAAUCUGGUAGUUUGAACCAUUUAGCUCAGUCGAAAACCUGAAUGGUUUGUUUUCUGAGGACAACAGGAAUGUGGAGACCAGAGGCAAGUCUUAUUCUGUGGUUUUAGACCUACUUUUAGUUUGUGAUUAGAUCCAGUCAUGUGAAGACCAGAGAACAAACAAAAURCCUGUGAUCACAGGGUGGGAAUGGUUACAGUGUGCCCUCACUUAUAACUUUUAAUGAGGCUGGACUGGAGCUUUUUUUUUUUAAAAUGGUGUCUCGACUCUAUAAACAAGUGUGGAGAAGCUGCAGCAGGAGCUCCUCAUCUCUCCCCUCAGAACAGCUGGACAGUUUAACAGCUGAGGUCAGCCCCCUGCUCUCAUUCCUCAGAGAUGGAUCAUCAGAGCCACGGGGCUGACUCAUUCCACAUCAGAGUUAAAAACCCCUGGAGUGCRCAGGAAACAAAGAGUCUGCUGUUUGACUCUGCUGAACACUCCUCAGGCUUUAAGCACCCGAUCUUUGGACCGCAGGAACCAGAAUCUGAUCGAUGGAGUUUACAGAGCUGCUGCUGCUGCUGGUGCUCAGCCUGUAUGGAGCAGCAUGUGCGGUGGUUCAGUGGCCAGAGCUGGAUGAAGCAAAGGUGUAUCUGAGGCAGUACGGCUACCUGACUGUUCCAGCUGAUCCAACAGACACAGACAACCUGGAGGAGCUCAUUGAAGCUCUUAGAGUCUUCCAGAGAGUGAAUGAUCUGCCACCUACUGGAGAGCUGGAUAAAGAAACUCUGGAGGUGAUGAGACAGCCUCGCUGUGGUUUGGAGGAUCCCUUUAAUAAGAAAUUCCUCAAGUACAGAGUGAUGGGUCGGUGGAGAAAAAAGAGCCUCACCUAUCGCAUCUACAACUACACGCCUGACAUGUUGAAGUCAGAGGUCAGGUCGGCCAUCCGUUCUGCCUUCCAGUACUGGAGCGACGUGGCGGCCCUGACCUUCAGAGAGGUGGACUACGGCCGAGCAGACAUAAGAAUCUUGUUUCAUAAAAAGGACGGCUACUGCUCCGUCCCGUUUGAUGGCCGUGGUCAGGUUCUGGCUCACGCAGAACCACCAGAUUCUGGUAUGGUCCAUUUUGACGAGGACGAGUUCUGGACAGAAGGAACRUACUAUGGGACUAAUCUGCGUAUCGUAGCGGCCCAUGAAAUAGGCCACGCCCUCGGCCUGGGUCACUCCCAGUUCAAGAGUGCUCUGAUGGCACCUGUUUAUGCCGGUUACCGUGCCAACUUCAGGCUGCAUGCGGAUGAUGUCAAAGGCAUCCAGGCUCUGUAUGGCAAGCGCAGCUCUCCAGACAGUGCAGCUCCUCCAGACAACCUGAUCCCAACACAGAACAGCUUUGGAAGUGACAAGAUCCCUGAUCCCUGCACUGCCACACUGGACGCCAUCAUGCUGGGUCCAUGGGAUAAAACCUUUGCUUUCAGUGGUGAAUAUGUCUGGACCAUCACAGACCUGGGCCAUAACACACCUAUAAAGAUCAACAGACUGUGGAGGGAACUCCCUGGAAACCUGAACGCUGCCGUCCACUCUCAGAGAACCAACAAGACCUAUUUUCUUAAAGGCAGUGAAGUGUGGAGGUACACAAGGUUCACGCUUGACUACGGCUACCCCAAGCAGGUGAAGCGAGUCCCUGCUGAUGUCGAUGCAGCCUUGUACCUGCAGAAGAACAAGAAGCUGGUCUUCAUAAAGGGGUCAGAGUACUGGCAGUUUGAUGAGCUGAGCUACAAUAGUUUGACUUUCUACCCCAAACCGCUCAACAUGCUCUUCACCGGAGUGCCCUCCUCCCCUGACGCGGCCUUCACCUGGACCAACGGCAAGAUCUUUUUCUUUAAGGGGGACGAGUACUGGCGAGUGAACCAGCUGCUGCUGAAAGUGGACAGAGGUUACCCUCUGAGCAAGAAGGAGCGCUGGAUGCGAUGUUAGAGCUCCACCAACAGGGGCCAGCAGGUUCACAGACAUUAACAUAUGCAGUGAUUGGAGAAUUAUCACUGGUUUGAUUUCACUGGAUCUGAUUAAAACCAAGCUACAUUUCAAAGCAGGCUGAUGUUUAUUAUUAUCUUUAUUGUUUACUGUUUUUAAAAAAAAUUUGUUUAGGAUUGAAGAAUUACGCAAACUUUAUAUAACCUUGAAAAGAAAUCCAAUUCCUCUUGUUCACAUGUGUGUUUGGUUAUGUGUUGCAACACUCUUACGCUCAUGUUUGUUGAUAGGAGUGUCUGAGAUCCUGUGAUGUAGAUUUUUGUAUUCUGGUUUAUAGUGAAAAUGACUUUUAUAUAAAAAAUGAUUUAAACAUUUAAA